AUGAAAAACUUGAAGAAGGCUAUGCUAAGGACAAAGAGCGCCGGCUCGGAUGGGAAGACCAAGCAGCCGACAAAGUCUUCAAGCGGAUCAUCAGCUACUCCUGCCGCACCUGCUAACAGUGCCGCCGCCACCCCGAACGCCAGCGAAUCUGCCGGUUCCUCGACUACUGGCGCGCCUCUGACCCCGCGCCGUUCCCCCGUUUCCGACAAGACCGCCCCUGCCCCUCCUCUGGUCAUCAUAUCUGGUGCCCCCCAGCAGCCUGCUGCCAACUCUGAGAUGCCGGCCGACCCGAUUCCCCACUCCCCUCACAACCGUAGCUUUGGCUCGCCUGAUCGCCCUCUCGGCCCCGAUGGCCAGCCGACGCCGCCGAAGGCCGGCAACCCCCUGAACCGUCUGCGAGGACCCAAGGACACAAUCCCUAUCGUUGGCAAGACCCCGCGCAAGCAGCGCAGCUCGCGUUUCCACGUCACGGAGCGUGUCGACAUUGAGAAGCUUGCCGGAUUCAACGAGGUCAGACCAGAGGACCGUAACGACCUGUUCAUCCAGAAGUUACAGCAGUGCCGCGUCGUCUUCGACUUUAACGAUGCUUCGCUGGAGCUGAGGGGCAAGCAGGUCAAGGCGCAGACGCUGCACGAGAUGCUCGAGUACAUUACUCAGCAGCGUGGUGUCAUCACAGAAUCUAUCUACCCGGAAGUCGUGGGCAUGUUCGCCGCCAACCUUUUCCGCUCGAUCCCACCACAGGUGAAUCCCACCGGCGAUGCGUUCGACCCGGAGGAGGAUGAGCCCGUGCUCGAGCUCGCUUGGCCCCAUCUUCAGAUUGUUUACGAGUUCUUCCUCCGUUUCGUUGAGAGCCCCGACUUCAACACGAACAUUGGCAAGCGUUACAUCGACCAGCAGUUUGUCCUGUCGCUCCUCGAGCUCUUCGACUCGGAGGACCCGCGCGAGCGCGAUUUCCUCAAGACCACCCUCCAUCGCAUCUACGGAAAGUUCCUGAACCUCCGUGCGUUCAUCCGUCGGUCUAUCAACCAUGUGUUCUUCCAGUUCGUCUAUGAGACGGAGAGGCAUAACGGCAUCGCGGAACUGCUCGAGAUUCUCGGAUCGAUCAUCAAUGGCUUCGCCCUGCCGCUCAAGGAGGAGCACAAGAUCUUCCUCACCAGGGUACUCAUUCCCCUCCACAAGGCCAAGUCCCUUGCGCUUUACCACCCUCAGCUCGCGUACUGUGUUGUCCAGUUCCUCGAAAAGGACCCGACCCUCACCGAGGAGGUCAUCCUCGGACUGCUGCGCUACUGGCCCAAGGUCAACUCGCCCAAGGAAGUCAUGUACCUUAACGAGGUCGAGGAGAUUCUCGAUGUCAUCGAGGGCAGCGAAUUCGCCAAGAUCAUGCACCCGCUGUUCUCGCAGUUGGCGAGGUGCAUCAACAGCCAACACUUCCAGGUUGCUGAGCGUGCCCUCUACUACUGGAACAACGAGUACAUUGUGAAUCUCAUGGGCGAACACAUCAACGUCAUUCUCCCGAUUGUUUUCCCCGCGCUGUACCACAACUCGAAGCAGCACUGGAACCGGACGAUUCACGGAAUGGUCUUCAACGCGCUCAAGCUGUUCAUGGAGAUCAACCCGACGCUGUUUGACGAGGUUCAGCACAACUACAAGCAGCAGCGCAAGGAGGACUAUGAGAGGUCAUGCCAGCGGUACGAGGAGUGGCUCACGCUGCGCGACCAGGCGAUCGCCAACUACAAGGCCAGCGGUUCCACGCAACCCAUGCCCGCUAUGCUCCGCGAACCGCCUCCUCCUCGGCCUGAGCCGUUUGAGGAUGACGGGGAUGGAUCAGUGGACCUGACAGCCAACGGCUUUGACCCCAGCGAGAGCUUCACGCUGGACAGGUCAAUCGCCGAGGAUGUCGUUCCGCCCAGCAGUCCCACCGUGUCUGCGACGGGUGUACCUGGGAGUGUGAAUGCUGCUGUGGACGUGGCGUCUGAUGCUGCCUUCGAGCCUACUUCUUCUGGGCCGAUGCGACGAAAGUCGGUCCUGCCCAUUGAUCCCUCUGUCAUGCGGGAUCUGGAGGCCCACCGUAGCCUCGAAGCAGCACAGGCGGCGGCAGCUCAGGCUUCCAGCUAA